AUGGCAUCCGCAACAGUCGAAACUACCACCCCGGUAGUCCCCACCAUCGAUGAGAAGAUUACAUUGAAAGGCCUCGCCCGCGAGCCCUUGAAGCCAACCGGAGUCCUCGACGCCUUCGAAUCAUUCGAUGUGACUCCCGUCAUUGGACGCGAAUUCCCCAAUGCCAACUUGAAAGACUUCCUCCGCGCUCCCAACUCCGACGAGCUGCUCCGUGAUCUUGCCAUUACCAUCUCGCAGCGAGGCGUCGUCUUCUUCCGCAAGCAAAACGACCUCGACGACGACCUGCAAAAGGAACUGGUCCAGCGUCUGGGCGAGCUCUCAGGCAAGCCAAGCACAUCCGGAUUACACAUUCACCCCAUCGUCAACUCAGGUCGUGAUCACAGCGUCAAGGACGACGAAAUCAGCGUGAUCAGCUCCACAGAGCGCAAGAAAUUGUAUACCAACUUCCGCAGAGACCGCAAGCAGACCGGCCGCAAGGAAUGGCACAGUGAUAUCACCUUCGAGCCUAUUCCCAGUGACUAUACGUUGUUGCGACUGACCGAAUUGCCCAAGACGGGCGGUGAUACCCUGUGGGCAUCCGGCUACGAAGUCUACGACCGCCUCUCGGAGCCGUAUCAGAAAUUCCUCGAGGGUCUGACAGCAACAUACGCCCAGCCAGGGUUCAAUGCAAUCGCCAAAGAACACGCCUUCAACGUGCACCCCGGCCCCCGUGGCGCCCCCGAGAAUGUCGGAGAGGAGCUGAGCGCGGUGCACCCUGUGAUCCGCACGAACCCGGUCACGGGCUGGAAGAGUGUUUUCGCGGUUGGCGUGCACGUCCAGAAGGUGAAUGGGCUGUCGGAAGAGGAAAGUCGCCAUCUGCUGGAUUGGUUCGUGACUCUUAUUGUCGAGAACCAUGAUUUGCAGGUUCGUAAUCGCUGGCAGAACCCUAAUGAUCUUGCUAUUUGGGAUAAUCGUUCCGUCUAUCACGCUGCUACUUGGGAUUAUGAUAACCUUGGUCCUCGCACCGGACAUCGUGCUGUUGGCCUUGGUGAGCGACCUUAUUUUGAUCCCCAGAGUAUUGGACGACGGGAAGCUUUGGCAAAGGAUGAAUAG